CUCUACUCUCCACACUGUACAGCACAAACGGUAAUCAAAAAUGCCUAUCAAUCUGCUACAUCAAAUCCAGCAGCUGCUAAACUGGCCGCAGCAGCUUGUUGCGGUGGAAAAACGAAAUGUCUUUGUUGUGUACUUCUUGGUUUUAUUGGCGACCUCUUUGGACAAUCUAAACUCGACUGCUGCACUUACAAUGACCGCCAACAUCGAAAAGGAGUUUCAUACAGACUCAUCGACUGCAAGCUGGGUCCUUUCAGGAUAUGCACUUACGCUUGGCUCGUUUAUCAUGAUUAGCGGGAAAAUAGCAGACAUUAUAGGCCCCCAUAAUUUGUUUUUAAUCGGCUUGACCUCUGUUUGGAUUUGUGCUCUCAUCUGUGCAUGCAUCCCACACUCUUCUAUAAUCACCCUAAUUGUGUUCAGAGCUAUCCAGGGUAUUGGUGCUUCCUCCUUAGUUCCCUCCACAAUUGCAUUGGCUGCCAACUACUUUACAGGCCGGUACGCUAAGUACCUUCCCGCUGCUAUCAUAGGUUUCAUAAUCUCCCUCACUGGGACGUUGGGUUUUGGCAUUAUUCUUGGUGGUGCCUUUUCAGAGACUCUCAUUGGGUACAGAAGCUUUUUCUUCUUUGUGUUUGCAUUUGGGUUCUUCUGUGAUCUUGUUCUACUCUUUCUAAUAAUACCAAUCAAAAAGACAACAGAGCAUGCCAACUUGAAAAUGAAAAACAUUGACUUCAUAGGUUCUGCAUUGGUGAUUGUCGGGAUUCUUCUCAUAAUCCUCGGACUAACAGAAGGGGGUGAAAAUUGGAGAUCUCCCAAGGCAUACAUGCCGUUGAUUGUUGGCUUUUUCACCUUUGUCUGUGCCUUGGUGUUUGAGAUACUCUAUAUCCAGAGAUUCAAGACAAAACAUAGACACUUGGAUAAAGCCUCGGAUUGGAGACUCCAGAUGGAGCUAUUAUUUCCCCCGGACAUUAUCAGGAUUCCAAAUUUUCUCCCAUUCCUAAUUGUCUGUGGCUUGUAUUAUGCUACUUUUACCAUGAUGCUAGCUGUUGGAAUAGAAUACUAUAGCUUUAUUGAAGAAGCAUCGCCUAUCAUUUCUGCUAUUAAAGUUUUCCCACUCACUGUUGGAUUGGUUUUCGGGGCUAUCAUCUACAGGGCGUCAUACUACGAGAAGGUCGGCCUGAGAAACAUGUUCAUCUUAUCUGCGGCGUUUACUUUAGGAUCCUGCGUAUGGUUUUCACGCACAAACUAUGAAGUGCUCAACUCGUAUUGGAAAUUUGGCAUUGGGUCAUUGUUUUUGUACGGUUACGGGAUGAACAUAUUUUUCAAUAUCUACAUUGGGGCAGUUGUUGCUAACACCCCCCUCCACUUACAAGGCGUCGUGAAUGGAAUCUACCAAACGUGCUCACAAGUGUUGCUUAGUAUCGGCAAUGCCUUAGUUCCAUCCAUUUUGGGGAACCUUCAACGGGCCACCAACGAAAGGAUGAAACAUGAAUUGCACGCCAAAUUUCAAAGUGUCUUUUAUGUGAUCAUGGGAUUCCACGCCACAGUUUUUUUCAUUAUGGUCUUAUUUGUCAGGAAUUUGAAGAAAAAAGAAGAACCAGAGAGUGAGAUGAUUGACGAUUCUGUCAAAAACGAGGAUGUGUGUGUCUCCACUACCUAA